CGCAUCCUCUUCUCCUUCUUUACCGGUGUCCUGAUCUUCUUCAUCGUCCGGUUUUAUUUCUGGGUUGUCAUGGGUGUUGGGAGCACACUGAGCCAGCGUGCUCGGCUUAUUUUCUUUUGGGCAUUGGAGGAGACGAAUUUCAUCGUUACAGGGCUGACAGCCUGUACCAUAUUGUACACUCGCUCUUCUGCGAUCGUGUACUUUGCUCUAGGAGCAGUCGUAUGCUCGAGAGUUGUUAAACUCAUGAAGAAAGUACUUCGUCAACCAAGACCAGUCAACCCACUUCCUGGACAUCAAAAAGGCGAUUAUGGGAUGCCCAGUACGCACUCAGGCGUCAUCUCGUACUAUGCUGCCUACAGCAUCUUGGCCUGCAAAUAUCUACCUAUUCACUCCUCAUUACCAGACACUCCCUUAACAAGGGUCCUGGCACUUCUCGUAAUUAUUCCAUGGGCAGCCACUAUUGCUAUCUCUCGUAUAUGGCUGGGGCAUCAUACCUGGCAGCAAGUUACUGUAGGCUGUUCCCUCGGAAUCAUGUUCACUCCUAUAUGGUUCUUGUUAUGGACGCGCGUAGCUCAUGUGUAUGGCGAACAGCUAGAGCAAGCCAUACUUGGACCGUGACUCUAUACCCAAAGUUGUUACCGACAUUCCAUACCAAUCUAGAUGAAGUCACGUUAUUAAUUGUCAAGCUCUGGCUUCAUUGCUAUUCCUUACUUCAAGACGUAACGAUAAUUAUUGUCCAGAC